AUGGUAAAACUGAACGCAGAUGUUCAUCCAAGUUUAUCGGAGACUAUAACGGAGAAUUUGCGGCGGAGAAACAUUGUCACAAUCGUGGAUUUUAUCUCAACGAAUCCAAUUAAAUUAACGAAUAUCACCGGUCUUUUGCACACAGAUGUGUUGCAAAUGAAGCACUAUAUAUUGAAGAAAUUCGGUGGCGUAAAAAAGAAUGCAACGCAACUCCUUGCGAUAGAACGUAAUGUAAUUCCGACUAGCGUAACGUGUUUGGACGAAUUGCUGAGAGGUGGCCUGUAUCCCGGACAGUUAUGCGAAUUAUGUGGACCAAGAGCCUCCGGGAAGACUCAAUUAUGUUUCACAAUAGCAGCUAACGUCGCUAGCCGGUCGGGCGGCAUUGUAUGGUAUUUUGACACAAAGAAAGAUUUCUGCAGGUUGCGAUACGAGGGAAUUAUGAGAGCGAGAAAUUUCGAGCAAAAAAUUAUAAAAGAUGCAUUGCGCAGUACAAAAAUUUAUCAAGCUCGUUCCUCCUAUGAAUUGGUACAAGCUUUGCGACAAUCGGUAACUCUUUGUAAACAGGAGCAAAAUGAAGCAUCUUUUGAAGAAAGAAAGAUCCUUCUUGUGAUCAUCGAUUCUUUACCGGCAAUUAUCUUCAAGGUACCGCGAAACGCGCAACAAAGUGAUAACCAGACAACUUACGAGCUUGAAGAUUUGGCCGAAGUAUGUCGAUUCCUCACGAUGGAGUACCAAGCAGUUGUAAUUACUGUGAACUUACUCUCCCAAUGGAAUUCUUCAGAACAAACGAAUGCUGCUAACAUAACACCGGCAUUGGGAAAAUAUUGGGCAAAUAUACCAGCCACGAGAUUGUUGAUAACAAGGUUACAUGGUGAAACCCGAAAAAUUAAUGUUUGGAAAGAUUUAAGAUUAAUCGAGAACUCGUCCUGUACUGUAACUAUAAACGAUAUCGGAGUCACAUCGUAA